AUGUGGAUUAAAAUAGUUAUGCAACAUGGGAUACUCCUUUUCAUCCUUUUAAUAUUCACUUUCCUAAAUAUUGCUUAUUUUCCAACAACCAUCGUCGCCACGGAACCUCCCUACGAUCCCUUCCUUAAAGAUCGUUCCCCGAAACUUAACAUUCCAAAUCUUCAUCAAAACGGAGACACCUCAAAUUCACCAUCACCAACAUCAGAUGCUUCGUUGGAUCAUCAAAAAAACGUUAUGACUGAGGUGUCCACCAAGAUAACAACGGUAGUGUAUUCGACAGUUUAUGGAAUUAAGCCAACGAAUAAGGGAAAGCCCUCGAUGGGAGAGAAAUCAUCGGGUUGCAAGGGAGUAAGGAACGGAGGUGGAAAAGAGGGAUUGGGGAUUUUGGCGAGCGCGAUAGUCGGAAUGAUUAUCAUUUUUCUGAAACAGUUGAACAUCGAGGCAGGAAACCAAUAA